UGUCGGGAGGGGGCGCGGGCGCGGGCGCGGGGCUCCGCGGGAUCGCCGCCGGGCCGAGCAGUUCCCGCCGCCUCCGCGGCCGCCGGCGCCAUGGGCCAGUGCGGCAUCACCUCCUCCAAGACCGUGCUGGUCUUCCUCAACCUCAUCUUCUGGGGAGCCGCGGGCAUCCUGUGCUACGUGGGCGCCUAUGUCUUCAUCACCUACGACGACUACGACCACUUCUUCGAGGACGUGUACACGCUGGUCCCGGCCGUGGUCAUCACCGCGGCGGGCGCCCUGCUCUUCCUCAUCGGCCUCAUCGGCUGCUGCGCCACCAUCCGGGAGAGCCGCUGCGGCCUGGCCACGUUUGUCAUCAUCCUGCUCUUGGUUUUCGUGACGGAAGUUGUUGUUGUGGUUUUGGGAUACAUUUACAGAGCAAAGGUGGAGAACGAGGUUGAGCACAGAAUCCAGAAAGUGUACAAGACCUACAAUGGAACCAACCCUGACGCCGCCAGCCGGGCCAUAGACUACGUGCAGAGACAGCUGCACUGCUGUGGAAUUCACAACUACUCAGACUGGGAAAGCACGGACUGGUUCAGAGAGACCCAGAACCAGAGCGUCCCCGUGAGCUGCUGCCGGCAGAGCGCCCGCAGCUGCAACGGGAGCCUGGCGCGGCCCUCGGAGCUCUACGCGGAGGGCUGCGAGGCGCUGGUGGUGAAGAAGCUGCAGGAGAUCAUGAUGCACGUGGUCUGGGCGGCGCUGGCCUUCGCGGCCAUCCAGCUGCUGGGCAUGCUGUGCGCCUGCGUGGUGCUGUUCCGCCGGAGCCGCGACCCCUCGUACGAGCUGCUCAUCACCGGGGGCACCUACGCCUAGGCCGCCCCGCCCCGCGCUCUGAUUGGCCAGGGCGGCUCCGCCCCGCCCAGAAGCGCACGCGCGUGCGCACUGCUGUCUGUCGGCCUAAGCGGGCCCGCCCCGCCCCGCGGCCUUGGGCGCACUCCGACCCCUCGUCCGGUGAGGCCGCCGCCAGCCGGGCCGAGUGGAGCCGCCCGCCCGCCCGCCCUUGUAGAGUAGUGCUGACCCCCCCCCCGCCCCGUGUAAAUAGACGAGGACUCAAUAAACGCCCGGCGCCGCCCGCCCCGCGCCCGGGCCCCGGGCCUGAA